CUCAAUAUGGAUAAUUUCCAUAGCAUUAGCUUUACCGCUACUGAUCACUUCUGAUCUGAAUACGGUAUUCGAAGAUGAGGAAUGCGGCAUGUCAUUGAAGAUAUGCCACGAAAAAAACGAAAUUUGGAGCCGAAUGCCAAUAAGUAAACGUUCAUAUACGUUAGCGGUUUUAAUAACACAGUAUGCGCUUCCUCUAAUAUCCAUUGUUUUCGCGUAUAGUACAAUUGCCUUACGGAUGCAGCUGAGGAUAAAUAGUCGAUUGCCCUCUUCUACCUCCAAUGCAAACGCUCUCAACGACGAGAGGCGAAAAUCGGCGGCAGGACGACAGCGCCGUACGCACUUACUGUUGAUGUGCGUUGUGAUUGUAUUUGCGGCAGCCUGGCUUCCGCUAAACGUCUUUCACGUCCUCAACACAUUUGGCAUCGUGACCUUUUCCGUGCCCCUCUUUGCAAUCUGUCAUUUGAUUGCAAUGGGCUCCGCAUGCCUCAAUCCCGUCUCAUACGCAUUCUUCAAUCACAACUUCCGUCAGCAAUUCGUUAUGUUCCACGACGCAGCAAUAAGACGCAACAGUGAUCGAAUGCGUUGUUACACAGAGCUCCCGAACCUGGACCCGCACCGUCAACUGAAAUUUAAGCCUCAUUCUCGCGGCGAUUCCUCAGCCAAGACUCAGAUCACUUGAGU